AUCAGCGCUGUUUGCAGCUUGCAGGCGGAAGGUGACAUUGUGCCCGGCUGUGGCGGUGACAUGUCUUCUCUGGUCCGCAUUGGAGGUGUCCUGAGGGCCGGGAGCCGGCUGCUGGGGGGUGUCGGGCGGUCGAGACCCGGAGUUCGCAAUGCCGGCGGAGGCGUUCACUUAGAACCUCGCUACAGGCAGUUUCCGGAGCUGACGAAGUCUCAGUCGCGGCAGGCAGAGUUUCUCAGCGGCUUCAUGUGGUUCUGGAUCCUGUGGCAUUUGUGGCACGACGUGGACGCCGUGCUGGGUCACUUCGAGUACCCUGACCCCUCAAAGUGGACAGAUGAGGAGCUGGGAAUCCCUUCCGAAGAUCAGUAAUCUCUCUAUUGGUUUUGGGCAGAUGAAUCGUAUCUGGGAACGUCCGUUCUUUACAUAUUGUAAAUAAAGCUGAGGAAACGUUG